AUGGAAAAUCUUUUUGAUGAUAUUGCUCCUACUCCUACUACACGUGCUAGACCAGGUGCCAGAUUUGCGCCUAAGGCUAAACCUAAACAACCGCCUCGAAAGAAUGUAUCUGCAUCAAAAGAUGAGAACAAUGUGCACGUUGCUUCAUCAACCACUCACAAAGAAUCUGAAGGAGUUUCUCAGAAUGAAUCUCAUAAUGCAGUUGCUGUAACUUCCUCAAUUGAAGAACCUAUCAAGUCUGAUCUUCAUCCUGAUAUCCAUCUCAAUAAUGAAAAUGAAUUGAAUAAUGUGGCUGCCCCGUCUACUAUCUCCUCAACCGUAGUUAGGAUGGAAGAACUGCCCAAACACGGGGAAGGUUCAAUUCUCGGUAUGGACAAAAGUUUGCAAGUUAUUGAUAAUUCAGUGGAAGUUAGCUUAAACGCGGGCUUCAAAAGUGCUUCAGGCGACAGUAACACUGCAAUACCUGAGAGUAACAUUCAUUCAAAUUUUGAGUUUGGAAAGGUGGGAGAGGUAUUGUCUGCUGAAAUUGAGUUGGAUUCUUUCAGCAAUGUCCUCCCUGAUCCUGGCACUGGGAAUGCUCGUAAGUUUCAACCCAAGGUUAAGCCACGGCCUAGAGUCAGCAAUACACCAGCUAUUGCUUCUGCUUCAUCUGGUAUUCCUUUCUCUGAAAACAAUAGAAGCAUCGAAGCAGUUAUUCCUUCACAUCCAGAUUUCCUGAAUAUGACCUCAGAGGCUGUAGUUCAUGAAGGAACGAGAGAUUUGCCUUCUAGCUUUGGUAAAUCAGCUGCAGAGACUACAGAUAUUCUGUUGGGGCUAGAAUCACUUGAUGGCAUUCUCAACCAAGCUGCAACUGCUACAGGAAAACCAGAUCUUAAAUCUUCCAAUGUGAAGGAUGCAGAGGAAAAUUUUGUCCUUCCAGAAUAUGAUAACAAAAGUAGGUUGGAAUCACAGGAAGGCGCAAACUUGAGUUGCACAAUUGACAAUGUCUAUGAUUAUCAAUCUAUGAUAUCCGGCACUGAUCCACCAUCUGGAAUUCCAAGGCAUGAAUGGUUGACAAAUUCUGCAGAUAGUCCCACAUUGGCUGAUUUUUUGCAGCUAGACAGUAUUCGAGAGAAAGAAGAUGCCAAUGGGACAAAAAAAUCUCUAAAGAAGCAUGAAAGAUCUUCUAUUGCUGUUGUGGAGGAUAAAGGUGGUAAAACCUUAAGGCAACCGAGAAAACAAGCAGUUCGUAAACCUGCUGAAAACUCAUUGAAUGAGGCUAUUGAGGAUGAUGAUGUCCUCGACCCUCCAUAUUAUUUUGAUGGAGAUGAACUUGAAGAAAAUAAUGAUGAGUACAGAGUGGAUUAUUCAUCCAAGAAGAAAAGAGCAUCCACAAGUUCUAAGAAGAAAUCCGUGACUAAAAAUGGAAAAGCAUCUCGAAUAUGCAAGAAGGCUAAUGAUGAUAUUGAAAAGGUUUCUGAAUCACCUCCUAAAAAGUUCCCGCAUUCAUCCCGGCGAAGAAAAAGACAUGUGGACAAGGCUCUGCUGGAUGAUGAAUUUCUUGAUCAGCGAACAUUACCUAUUAGGGAUAUUAUUUUACUUGCCGAGUAUAAGGAGCGAUUGGCGAAAAAGGAGGCAGCAACUUCUAAAAUAUCUUCCACCAAUCAAAGUGAUGGGGAUUUUCUUCACGAGGCUGAUGUUAAUAAUGAAGAGUUUUUUGGUUCAGAUGAUGAAUAUAGAGACCCUGAUGAUGAUGAUCAGGUAAAUGAAAAGUUUACAUCAACUGCCCCCUUAUUGAAUUACCAGUCUUUCAUGGACAAGGCACCUAGGGGAAAAUGGUCAAAGCAAGAUACUGAAGUGUUUUAUGAGGCUGUUAGGCAGUUUGGCACAGAUUUUUCUAUGAUACAACAGCUUUUCCCUGAUAAAACGCGUCAUCAAGUUAAGUUGAAAUACAAGAAGGAAGAGCGGCAGCAUCCUUUACUGUUAUCUGAUGCUGUGAAUAAUCGUUCAAAAGAUCUUUCUUUUUUUAAAUUGGUGGUUGAGAGGCAGAAACAAAUUUCUAAUAAGGAAGAUCAAGAUACCGCUGAAGAUACCUCAGAUUUAAUGCUGGGAGAGGAGCCUGAGGACCCGACCCCUGGAACUAAUGAAGAGGUUGCAACAACUAAGCAGGAGCAGGAACAUGUUCACAUAGACGUUAGAGAUCAAGAAGAUUCUAUGGCAUAUCCAAUUGCAGAGCAAUCUGAUGAUAGUGAAGAUGACUUACAAAAAUGGUCUCAAUAUCAAAGUGCUAUUUAG